AUGGGAACUAUUGCUCCUCUGCUGAGAUGGUUCACUGCUUCGUGGUUCAAGAUUGCUGAGAUGGAGCGAACGAACUUCAGAGAUGAACUGAAGGUUGACGAUUACUGGACUUGGAGGCUGGUGGAGUGGAGAGACAGAUCGCUUCCAUUUCAAGUUCAAAACCGCGUAAGCAAGAAGCUACUUCGUGAUGCAGUCGGAUUCGUUCUGAAUUUCAGCAUUGGAUUUCUGAUUCUGCUUGUUUCAGCUGGAAAACUAGUUAUAUUCCUCUCUGCUUGGUUUGGUAGUUCAGUUUUAAGGGUGGGAAAAUCUAAAUCAAGUGAUGGAACACAAGUGGAUUUUAGGCAAUAUGUUCUUCUACUUGAAGGGGAGCCACAGUUGCCUUAUAAAGUCCUCAAGAACAUAUGCAACGAGGCGGAUAGGCUGAUACAAGUAGGCGAAAAAAAGCAGCCCGAGAAUCUGAUCCAGCUUCUAAAGAAAUCUUCAAACUUCAAUGGGGUGGGACGAUUUGACAGCAGCGAUAUCCCAAGCUUGGAUUCUCAAGAGCCUCCGAAUUGCUGGUCUCUGCCCGUGGUGACUUUGACAACCAUUUCAGUCGCUCUUCUCAACUUCGCAGACGAUAAGGCUAAACAGUUAUUGGCUAGUGUUAGCGAAGGCUUGUCCAUUGUGAAGCUCAUUGAGGAAACUCUAGACAGAUCCGGGGAGUUAGAAAGCAUCAGAAAAGCAGCAGUUGUGGUUUGGGAUGGCGUUGAAUUGUACAAAAAAUGGGAUGAGACAGAUUUGAAGAGCACGAGAGUGAGAGGAACAACGCAGAAGGAAACACUGCGAAAUCUUUCUAACAUGGCAGAAAAGAUUGUGACAGAUUUUACGGCUCAAACGAGAGAUAUUCUAAUGCAGAAUCCUCUAAACUGGCCUGCUAGAGUUAUAGCUGCUAACUCAAUGUACAGGAUUGCUCAAACGAUCUUGUUAGGAAUGGGAGAUGACGAGAAUCAAGAUGGUGACGAGCUAUUUGAGAGUAUAUCCAUCACCAUCUCGGAUAUACUAGCAGCGUGCCUCACCAAUCUAGUGCAGGUUAUAACAUUGAAGUGUCACAAAAGCAACAUCAAAGAAAGGGAAGAAAGUGUGAGGCGAGCAGCCAUUCUUCUUGGCGAGAGCAAAGAGAUUUUUGAAAUUCUGCAGCAGCGUGAGCUUCCGAGUUUAGAUAUGGAGAUAGCUGCUAAGAUAGACGAGUGGAGGGCGUCCAUUGCGCUGGUAACUGAAGAUCCUUUGGCAUCUCCUUCAGCAUCAUCAAGUGACAAUUCAACAACAGCAUAG